AGUAACAAAUAACACGCUGUAUAUUGUUGUUUUUUUUUACACUCUGAUCUUUCGUUUUUUUUUUGUCUAUAUCAGUACGUGUGCAUUUGGAUAACCUGAAUCAAGAGAUAAGACGAGAUUUCGCCGACUCUGAUAAAAAUGUAUAUUUAGUAAAUGUGUAAUUGGCUUUAGUGUUUUUUCUUCGUUUGUUUAAAUCUUAUAUUUACUUUACAUUUUUUUUUGCCAUUCAAAGUAAAUGCUCUCAACCCUGACUGAAAAUAAUGUGCGAACUUGUAAUAUGCGACAAGUAAUGUGUACACUUCGUUCGUGAUUGUGAAUCAAAUACAGAAAAAAAAAAUUUGAAGUCGCUCAUUCUAAUUUCUGAAUAAACGAUAUAUAUAUUACAAUAAAUAAUUCAGUGUGAAAAUUGCGCGACGGUCAACUUACACAUUUGUUCAAUGUGCGCGUCCUGAAGUGAUUGCGAUGUCGAUUUACACAUUUAAUUUUGAUUAACGGACAUAGUGAUUAUAUUUGGUUGCAAAAAAAACAAAAACACAAAAAGAAAGUGAAUUUGAACUGUACUUUUAACGAGAGAGACAAAAACCUACAAAAACAGAUACAAUGGAUUUAUCUAGUUAUUUACUGACGAUACUUGUAGCGACUAUGUGUUGCUGCACUUGCACAGCACUUGAUAAUAAACAAAAACAAGGCGGUCGCGGUAGAGGUUCAAUGUGGUGGGGCAUAGCAAAAGUUGGUGAACCAAAUAAUAUAUCACCGUUAACAUCGAGCAUCGUUUAUAUGGAUCCGGCAAUUCACACAACGCUACGGCGUAAACAACGACGACUCGUACGUGAGAAUCCUGGUGUGUUGGCGGCACUAGUCAAAGGUGCAAAUCUUGCCAUUUCAGAAUGUCAACACCAAUUUCGCAAUCGAAGAUGGAAUUGUUCGACGAAAAACUUCCUCCGCGGCAAAAAUCUAUUUGGAAAAAUCGUUGAUCGAGGUUGUCGUGAAACGGCUUUUAUUUAUGCUAUAACAAGUGCGGCCGUUACGCACUCGAUCGCUCGGGCUUGUAGUGAAGGUUCGAUUGAAUCUUGCACUUGUGACUACAGUCAUCAAUCGCGUUCGCCGCAAAUGAACAACAUGGGUACACCAGUUGUCGGUGUUCGUGACUGGGAAUGGGGAGGAUGUAGUGACAACAUUGGAUUUGGUUUUAAAUUCUCGCGUGAAUUUGUUGACACUGGUGAGCGUGGCCGCACACUUCGCGAAAAGAUGAAUCUACAUAACAACGAAGCCGGCCGAAUUCAUGUCCAAACUGAGAUGCGCCAAGAAUGUAAAUGCCAUGGAAUGAGUGGCUCUUGUACAGUGAAAACAUGUUGGAUGCGUUUGCCGAAUUUCCGAUUGGUUGGUGACAAUCUGAAAGAUCGAUUUGAUGGUGCAUCACGGGUUAUGGUCAGUAACAGUGCACAUGGAACCAGCGAAAAUGCCAUUCAACACAUUAGUACCAACAGUCUUCAGUCAAACAAUAUUGCAUCAAGUCCGAACAGCAUAUCAUCAAAUUCAAUUCGACGAGAUCAUCAUCGACGGAAAAAUAAUAGAUAUCACAUCCAACUGAAGCCAUACAAUCCCGAUCACAAACCACCUGGCACAAAAGACUUGGUUUAUAUGGAACCAUCGCCUGGUUUUUGUACCAAAAAUGCACGUCUCGGCAUUCAAGGAACAAGCGGACGACAAUGUAAUGACACAUCAAUUGGCGUAGAUGGAUGUGAUUUGAUGUGUUGCGGCCGUGGCUAUCGAACGCAAGAGGUUAUUGUUGUUGAACGUUGUUCGUGCACAUUUCAUUGGUGUUGUGAAGUGAAAUGUAAAUUAUGCCGAACGAAAAAAACAAUUCAUACGUGUCUAUAAACAUCAAAUUGCUGUAUCGUAGGUGUAUUCAAAAAUUAUAGUUACUAGUUACAUAGUGCGUACUUUAAGUUGUAAGUCUAGUUUUAUGCACAUUGCGACACGUGCACGCAUUUCGUAAAAGUAGGUGCCGUAUUCGAAAUUAGUCUGAACGUAGAAACAAUAAGGUUUGCGAAAAAAAAUAUAUAAGAUUUUGUCUGUAUAAAACAAAAGUGACAGUAUUAAACACCCAGUGCUUUUAUGUCGUAAAAGAAGUAAAGCGAAAUCCAUACAACAAUUCCAUUUUUAUUGAAAUUUUGGAAUUUUACUUUUUUUUCACGAAAAAAAAACAAAAAGAUGAAUAGCGAAAAUAACGAAGACUGAUUUUUUUGUACAUAGUUUUAUUACAUUUCUUUUCAUGUAAAUUUACUACAGUCCAUUUACGUUCUACUUAAGCGGCGCGGAUUUUUCAUGUCACUAUACAAUUAAAAAGAUACUUCAGUUCUACAUGGAGUUAUACGCAUCCAUAACAUUUAUAUCGAUUGAAAACAGAUGAAGCAACAAUUAAAUUAUGUGUGUAUAAUGCAUGGUUUAAACUUUCAUAAUUUAGUUUCUUAACAAAAACUAUAUACGUAAUAUUUAUAUGGAAUUGUUGGUAUCAGACUGGGUCCGAUUUUCAUAAUGUUCUCAAAUGCGACGAAAAUUAAACUCCAAGUGAAAAUUCUCAAAAGAAGAGACCUUAAAAUGAAAGAAAGAUAAAUGAAUGCUUUCGAUUGGUUUUGGUCGCGCAUAAAUCACAAUAUAUACUAGAUUCUAAGCAAAGUUAAAAGAAACACAAAAAAAUUGUUGAUAUUUGUACAUAAAAAAAUACAUUUUAAAGGUUAAGUAAGAAUAAAAAAAAAAUUGCGUACUUCAGACUCUUCUGAAGGCUCUCACGUCGGCGCGCUUCUUGAGUUAAUUUAAAAUAUAUAUCAAUGUAUUUAUCGCUUAAUGUAAGACAAACAAAGUCCAAAAUUUGGAUGUGAAAAUGUGCAUUCAAAUGUUUGUAACCAACAGUGAACUGUAAAAAUAUUAAUAACAUGAUAAUAACUUUAUAAUAAUUAAAUCGU